AGGAACAGUUUGUCCCACCGGCGUUUUAUUUAGCAGCAGAAGGUCGUCCGUAUCUUGGUUUUAUUUGAUAAUAAUGAGUACCUAAACCGGUUUACCUAAUUUGACGUUGUCAAAUUAGUCGCUAAAAAACGUGGGGAGAUGUGAGUAUUGCUGAAAAAGGGCAGAGAAACGCGGCCAUACGUCGCGUUUUGCUCGGGUUGGUUAUGAAACCUUGCUAGCUAAGGUUUGCUAACGUUAGCAGUUGACUAUCGUAACUAACGUUGGUGACGCUGACUGUAAUGAAAGUGGCUGAGGCGCUACAGAAACGAAAGUGUACUGCUAUCUCUCAAAUGUUAUUUAUCUCGGCAAGUCAGUUUAUCUUAACACUACAUAUGACCGUGUUAAAGUAGAUUAUUUAGAUCUUGAAUCCCACUGCCCGGCAUUGGAUCAGUAACCGGGUUCCACUGCUCAGACCCAGGAUCCCCCUUCUCUUGAACUGAGUGGCUGGUUUGAUGGCAGCCACGGCCGGUGCCCGGCGGUUACCUAUGGGUGUGCGGACAUUCAGUGACUUUCUUCAGAUUGCCACUGUUGGCUCCCCUCGCUCGUGUCGUACAGCGGUUCCCAGGGGAUGCGUGCGACAGAACAUCAGACACUUGUCAUCAUGUGGCAUUUUGAUGACAAGAACUCCCAAAGUGCUUUGCCUUCAAGACUGGGACACGAUGACUGCUGUUCCUCAAAGCAGAAACUUCAUCAGUCUCACCAACAAAAGGAAGGAGUACUCUGAACGUAGAAUACUUGGCUUCUCAAUGCAGGAAAUGUACGAUGUGGUGGCCAAUGUCGACGAGUAUAAGAACUUUGUUCCAUGGUGUAAGAAGUCCCAGACCAUCAUGAGACGAGCAGGCCACUCCAAAGCCCAGCUGGAAGUAGGUUUCCCUCCAGUGGUGGAGAGAUACACAUCUAUGAUCACUAGUGUCCGACCUCAUCUAGUUAAAGCUGUGUGCACAGACGGAAAGCUGUUCAAUCACUUGGAGACAAUAUGGCGCUUUAGUCCUGGCAUUCCUGGCUAUCCCCGAACUACCACCGUAGAUUUUUCAAUUUCCUUUGAGUUCCGCUCCUUGCUGCACUCCCAGUUAGCCACCAUGUUCUUUGACGAGGUUGUAAAGCAGAAUGUCGCCGCUUUUGAGCGGCGAGCCUGUAAGCUCUACGGCCCAGAGACUCGUAUCCCACGAGAGCUGAUGUUUCACGAGGUGCAUCAGACGUGAUUUCAGCAGCUGCGCUCUCUCAUCUGGCCUUAAAUCAAACCAACCUUUAUUGUUUUUCCAUCCAUAUGACCCUGCAUGAAGCUGCUUAUUCGGCAAAAACUUCCAAGUCUUCACCACCGCAGACAUCCAACUCUUGUUGGCAGUGUGUUAGAGUUCCUGCUUCAACAUAUUCUUACUUAUCUUCACCUCCUUGUGUUCAGUCAGUCCACUUUCUGUCUACCUCCACUGAAAGGGAUCCUUGUUCAGCAGAAGAGACUGAUCACUGCUAUCACUUCAUGACAGUUUAAGCUGUAUUUAUGAGAACAAAACAGUAAAUACUUUGAACAUCAUAACACCAAUGGUAGAGAGUCGACUAUUAUUUAAACAGCACAGUGGCACUAAAGAAAUAAAAGGCACAGACUUUAAACUCUGAACUUGGAUCUUUUUCAUAGUUCACUGUGACUUUAAAGUUUCAUUCCACACUGAAACUUUAUCAAGUCAAAGUGCGUCCAGUUUUUAGUUCACUUCAACACUUGAAUCAGCUUAUUAUACUGUAUCAGGACAGUGUCAUCUUUGCCUUUACUUUGACCUUUUUGUUCAGAUAGGUUUAAUAUAUUUUUUUGAGCUUUAGUAAACUUGGUGCAGAAACAUAAUUCAUUUCAUCCUUAUUAAUUUAUACAUUUAAGCACAUUUUAUCUGUUUUAUUGGGGUUGGAAUUAAAUGUGCCAUGUUAAGUGUUGGGAGAUCUUUAGUCACUGAAAGCUGUGACAAUAUUAUUGAAUGACAACAUUAAGUAUAAAGGGGAGAAAAGCCCUUUGCAUUAUUAGGCUGUGCCCACAAGGACUAAGGGAAAUUAAGCUUUAACUUGCCUGAUUUUGUGCUGUGAUAAUUGUGUUUUUGGACAUUGAGACUUGGCCUGCAAUUUCAAUAAUGCUUUAUUUUACAGCCCAGCACUCGUAAGUGCUCCAAGGAUAAAAUAUUAAGAGGAACCGCAGUAAAUCUGACAAACAAGAGCACCUUAAUUUACAGAGUGUAAAGAGAUAAUUUACAAUAUAAGAGAUAGUUUACAAGAGAUAAUUGAGAUGUAAAUUUGUGAAUUAAGUUGUACAGACACAAAUGCAACAAGCAAAGCACAAAAAUGCAGUUUUGCUUCUUCUGCAGUGUUUUUAUGUUGGUCCAUUUUCUCAAUGUCAUCAGAGGACAUGACUCCUGUUACACAUGCUGUAAGAUUAAAAAUACACUGCUGGGCGGCAGAAUAAAGCUUUAUUAUACAUCUUAUGGGUUUCAUUUAUUUGGUGCUUUUAUUUAAAGACAUUAUGAUGCGUGGAUUUAACUAAAAGGAAACAAAGUCACCAACAUUUUCUAGGAUUUAAGUUUGGCAUUGUAAGAUUUCAGCCACAUUUAAAUAGGAUACUAGCACAUAAAUUACUAGCAUAUGGCAUUAUUCAGAUAAAGGGCUCAUCAAGGUCAGUGAUUGUAUUGGUAAUAAUUUAAAAGUUGUGGCUACAAAAGUCCGUCCUCAUUUCAUGCAGGUCUUACAUCCAAAUUCUCCAAGUCUCAUACUCCAAAAAAAAAAACCUUUAAAGCUGGAGUUUGGUUUUGAAGUUCAUGUGGUCUGCGUUGGUAAGGGAAAUGGAAGUGAAGGGAUAGUAAAUCAUCAUGCAUGAAGAAUGUUUGUGUAUUACAUUGAAUCACUGUUACAUAAAAUAAAACAAUUCUUACGAUUGUAAAAAUGACAUUUUUGAGUGCUAUAUCUUUAAUAAAAUAGAUUAAAUCUAUUUUAUACCAUAUUCUAUUCAGGCAUGCUGUUCAUAUUAGUAAAGUUGCAUCAUGGAAGAAUGCACUGUUGCUUUAUUCUUUUGCUAGAGAUGUUUUAUAUUCAGUAUAUCAACAGACUUGAGUUUUAUGCCAAGUUUUAUUAUUGUAGGUGCCAAUGCUCUGUGAUUCAUAAAAAACUGAAAGGAUAUUUUAAAAAGGUGGUAGUAGAAACCCAGAAAUAUGAUCACCUAAGCCCUCCAACCCUUCAGUAUUCCUCCUGUCCUGUUCUGACCCUUCCCCUCAUUCAUAGUGUUAGCCUUGUAUGUAUAAAAGUAUGGAAACAUUGCAAUCACUGACUGAAGAGUUACUACAAUAGAAUAUAUUGCCAUAUUUUUGCAGCCCGAUCACUAUUUUUUUGUUGCAAGCUGAAGUGUAUCUUUGUAAAUACUGUGGGUGUAUUUCAGAGCUUUAUUAUUUAAAUAAAAAAGGCAGGUGGGA